AUGAAGACUGCUUUAAUUAUAACAUUCAUUUUGGGCCUGAUUCUCUUGGCCAUCUCCAGCGAUACGAAAGUCGAGGCGGGAAGGGUGGAGCGAUGCCAACGCCGUGUCCGAGCCAAUUGUAGAAACAGUGGCAGAAGAUGCAUUCGCCAUGGUCGCAGCAAUCUCUGUGAGCUGCGCAGCAAUAAUUGCCAGAUAAGGUUAGCCAAUUGCAGAAGUAGCACCAGAGGAAUAUAUGAAAGGGUAACCAUGCGACUCUGUGCAGGUAUACAAGUCAAUGACAAGCAACCAUGCGGCUCCAACGGCAGCAGCAACAGCAACAACAGCAACAACGAGGGGACACCAAUUUAUUAUGCCCUUUGA